CUCCUCCUCCUCUAUGAGUGACUCCUACCUACCUAACACUAUCGGGCUCUAGGACCCGGGAGGACGCGGCUUGCCACAGAGGCAUUGCAGACAGCGCUUGUUGGGAGGUGUAGAGUGGAAGAAAGGCAAAGAAACGGAGUAAAUGAGAGCACUUUUGUACCAGGUUGUUGAAGGACUUAUCAACUUAAUACACCGCCGAAACAGCUCCCCAAUAAUGAGACGGACACACUGUUGUUGAAUCCCUUGUCCAGGUAACCGCCUUUGAGAAGGUGGCUGUAAACCCCAGGACCUCUGCACAGAGCUGAGUGAAGAAAACUUUGGAAACAAAGCUGUGUCUCUCCCUGUGGGAAACCUGGAUCCUCCACCCUGCCCACCAACAUGACCAAUGUGGUGAUUGUCAAGGAGGGAUGGCUGCAUAAAAGAGGAGAAUACAUCAAGAACUGGAGGCCAAGGUUUUUUCUCCUGAAGAGUGAUGGUACAUUCAUUGGCUACAAAGAGCGACCGCAAGAUGUUGACCAGCUGGAAACCCCCUUAAAUAACUUCUCUGUCGCAAAGUGCCAGCUGAUGAAGACGGAACGGCCCAAGCCCAACACAUUUAUCAUCCGCUGCCUGCAGUGGACCACUGUCAUCGAGCGCACCUUCCACGUGGAGACCCCCGAGGAGAGGGAAGAAUGGACUAAAGCCAUCCAAGCAGUAGCUGAAGGCCUGCAGAAACAAGAGCAGGAGAUGAUGGACUCCUCUCCGGACCCCAUGGACAUGGAGGUCUACCUGACCAAACCCAGACAGAAAGUGACUAUGCACGACUUUGAAUACCUCAAACUCCUGGGAAAAGGCACUUUUGGCAAAGUUAUCCUGGUAAAGGAGAAGGCCACAGGACGCUACUACGCCAUGAAGAUCCUAAAGAAGGAGGUGAUCGUAGCAAAAGAUGAAGUGGCGCACACACUCACAGAGAACAGAGUCCUCCAGAAUUCAAAGCAUCCGUUCUUGACAGGACUGAAAUACUCCUUCCAGACACAUGACCGCUUGUGCUUCGUCAUGGAGUAUGCAAACGGUGGCGAGCUUUUCUUCCAUCUGUCAAGGGACCGUGUAUUCUCAGAGGAGCGGGCACGGUUCUACGGUGCAGAGAUAGUGUCAGCGCUGGACUACCUGCAUGCUGAAAGAAAUGUGGUCUAUCGAGAUCUAAAGCUGGAAAACCUCAUGCUGGACAAAGACGGACACAUAAAGAUCACAGACUUCGGCCUGUGUAAGGAGGGGAUCACAGAUGGAGCCACCAUGAAAACCUUCUGUGGGACGCCAGAGUACCUAGCACCAGAGGUGCUAGAAGACAACGACUACGGCCGCGCUGUGGACUGGUGGGGUCUGGGGGUGGUGAUGUACGAGAUGAUGUGCGGCAGACUGCCUUUCUACAACCAGGACCACGAGAAGCUGUUCGAGCUCAUCCUCAUGGAAGACAUCCGCUUCCCUCGGACACUCGGCCCCGAGGCGCGCUCGCUGCUCUCUGGCCUUCUUAAGAAGGAACCGAUGCAGAGGUUAGGUGGAGGGCCCGACGACGCCAAGGAAAUCAUGCAGCACAAGUUCUUCGCAGGCAUCGAAUGGCAAGAUGUUUACGAGAAGAAGCUGGUCCCGCCGUUCAAGCCCCAAGUUACCUCGGAGACGGACACACGAUAUUUUGAUGAGGAGUUCACAGCACAGACCAUCACUAUAACGCCACCCGGACAAGAUGACAGUAUGGAGUCAUUCGACAGCGAGCGGAGACCCCACUUCCCCCAGUUCUCCUACUCCGCCAGUGGGACGGCCUGAACGACCCUCAUACAUUCCUCCGGUCCCACCAUCUCCCCUCUCCCCACACCGACUGCACUCUCAAAAGACCGGGGCCACAGCCCCAUCCUCCCAGCAUUGUCUGCAGACGCCGUCGGUGGAUGUAACAUUUACAAUCUGCAAGUUGUGUUUUUCCAGGAAGGAGGAAAUUCAAGACAAAACAAAGAUAACUGUGGUUGUUCUGUGAGGCCUUUGAAGACUUGACCACGCUGAGAGAGAGAGAGAGAGAGAGUCAACACUACCCUGCAUCUCCUAGUUGUUAUGCUGUAUACUGAGCAGGCAUCCAUACACCAUAAUGAACGGGGAAAUGUAGUCAUGUCAUGCACAAAUUAGGCCACUGAUGUGAAUUUUUGUAUUGAAAAUAUACAACAGAAUAUGAAUCAACCAUUUCAAAUAGAAACAGGCAUACUGAGGACCAAAAAGAUCAUGUGAGCAGAGAGUGUGUGUUGUUUGUUGAGUGGGUAAUAAAUACAUGUUUUCCUCUCUUAAGACUUCUGAACAAUUCAAAUACCAUUCAGACUUUUUUGGCUUCAAAAGUGAAUGUACCGUAUCAAAUAAAGUCAAUCUUUCUGCAUACUUAUGGCUGAUUCUCCUAAGACUGAAACAUCUUCUGGAGGGGAUUUUUUAUCACUUUUUCUACUUUACUCUGAUGCAAAAACUGACACCAAUCGGUCUGUUGUGUUAUCACGCUACACCACAAUUAGUCUGAUGAAUCAAUUGUGCAAUACAGUCUGAUGUGAGGACAAAAAUGCAGAGCGAUUAAUCAUUAAGGUGGCCUGCAAUGGAUUCCUCUUGACUGUUUGCACAUCAGAGUCACCCCAGUUUCCUGUUCCGGAUAAUAACUAGCUCCUCCAGCCCCACCCCCCGAAGUAAGUGCUUCUAGUUCCCGAUGCCUUCCUAUCUCGCCUCCGUGCUGCAGACACCUCCUGGUUUCCCUCUGAUCAGGGUCAGUUGCUGCUGACCCAUCAGAAACUCUUCUCUCCUCUGGGUUUUUCCUCCGUGUACAGUACAGUAUUGGGUGUUUUCCACCCGGUGCAUUCACUGCAGCCUCAAUGAGGUCACGUUAACACAACACAUCUUCUUUAGGAAUACUUUGCAAACAAACUGGGCUUCAGGGGAAACACAGAGUCACCCUUAAUUUGCUACUUUUUGUCCCUUCACGAGUUAUUUAUAUGAGACCAGCAUUGACUAAAAUGAGUUUUACUGUGCCAAUGAUAUGCACUUUGCUGCCCCUUAAAAUGAUUGUAUUUGGACUUUGUGCUUUAUGGUUGGUAAAGACUAAAUUAGCUUCUUUUUUUAUAAUGUAAAUUCAAAUGUUGUGGAUACACAUAAAACAAGAAUUGCUUGUUUGAAUGAUUACUCCCCUUUUACAGACGGCUGAGGCUAAACUGAGACUCUUGGGAACUGAAACUCUCUGUUUUCAAAGUGUACUAGAAGUUUCCUCAGUAUUUUUUUUUUUUUAAGAUGACAGAUAAUAAUUUUCCAAAAGUGCAUCAUACGUUAUUGAAUGUAAUGGUUUUUAUGGUAUUGUUUUCACUUUGAUCGUUUGCAAACCUUUUUGUUCGGUUUCUGAUUGUUACUUAUUCCUAUGCACGCUCACCCCCCUUUUGCUGUCACCUUCUGAAAAUAGGGAAAUUCAUUUUAUACUUUUUAUUUUUUAUUUCAACUUUUUUUUUUUUGUACCUUGCCCUCCCAUAUUCCUGAGACUGAGGACACCAGCUUUAGUAAACAAAUAAUAUAAACUUUGUACACUGUUUUUACUUGUUUCUUUCAAAUUGAUGAAAUAAAAGGUCUUAACAAAAA